UUUUGCAUGCGCAUGUAACUGUCCACGUGUGUGUGUGUUUUUGUACCUGUAUGUGUGUAUGUGGCUGGUUGUGCAGAGGAUCGACGAGCUGGAGGCCACGCUGUAUAGCGCUCUGCAGCAGGAGCAGCCGGCAUGCCGGGCGGUGGCAGAGUCGCUGACAGACAGGCAGAGGGACGAGCUGAGGCUAGCCGUGGACAAGCUGCGGCGGCAGAUUCUCAGGCAGAGCCGGCAGUUUGACAGUCAGAUCUUACAGGAGCGCAUGGAGCUCCUACAGCAGGCCCAGCAGAGGAUUAGAGACCUGGAGGACAGGCUUGAAUUGCAAAAGCGACAAAUAAAGGACAUAGAGGAAAAGGUGUGA